ACGACUUCUUCAGUUUCCCUCCCUCCUUCCUCGAUCGUCUGUUGACCGAACGUUCCUGUCUGGCUCUGCCAUGAAGCACCAGACUUCGCUGUCUCUGGCAGUCUAUCUGCAGCUGGCUUUAAGUGUAUCUCUUGCGUUAUCACGCGGACUAAACCAUGAAGCCGGCUGCCUUUCGUCGGCGUUUCAAGCAGUCGGAAUUGAUCCCCAAAGAGCUUCCCGGACUGAGCAAGCGUUCGCUUAUCUCAGAAUUCAGGUGCAAGAUAUCUCGCAGUCGCUGCUGACAGCAACCGGUACGUUGUCGGUGACGGAACGUAAUGCCAUCCACACGUGUCUGAAUGCGGGCAGCCAAGCAAGCCAAUGUAAUGGUCAUGAAAUCUGCAGUGGCAAUGGACAGUGUGUGUUGCAGAGUGGUAGAUACGCAUGCCAGUGUAGCUCACCUAGCUACACUGGACAACACUGCCAGACAGAGGUCGGCUACUGUGCGUCCAACCCAUGCCUGAAUGGAGCAACGUGUGUCAACGGAGACACAAAGGCGGUAUGCCGGUGCAGGGUCGGAUAUUCUGGAGACAGGUGUGAGGAACUGUGGCUGUCUAAACAGAACUUCUAUACACCGUGGGAGACUUACAAAAUGGAGAUGAAUGCCAAGAUAGAUUCACUGACGCAACUUGUACAAAAGGCUAUUAGUAGUGUUGGAGGACAACUGAGCACCACUCCCACUCCCACUCCCACUCCCAGACGUGAGAGGCGGUAUGAGCUCUUCAGAACGAGAACAUCAUGGGAUGCCGCCAAUGCGAAUUGCGAAGCGGAUGGCGGAAGCUUGCCGGUGGUACGAAAUUCGACGGAACUGGCAGCAGUCAUGGCUGUCUCGGACGCACGUGCAGGAGGACGUAUUUGGCUCAGUGGAGAGGACAGGGACGCAGAUGGUGUAUGGCAUUGGACAAACGGCGAUCGCAUCACAUUCCAAAACUGGAAUCAGGGAGAGCCCAACGGCCGUGGAAGGGAAAACUGCCUACUACUUGUACUGUUCACUGAUAGAGGCCCAGACCCAGUCGGACAGUUCAAUGAUGCAAUAUGCAAUAGUUAUGCUUACAGUGACAAGUUUGUAUGCCAAUAUGAUUAGCACACUCAGCACUGAGAAAGGCCGCAAUGAAUGGUCAUUGAAGAUUGUACCGAUUUCAUUUUAUGAACAUGCUGAAGACAAGCUUGAGUGGCUUCUUUAACAAAAAAAGAAGAAGGAAGAACUAAGCACCAAAGUCUUAGUCAAGCUUGUGACACAUGCUGGUGCAAUUCUCAGGAAUUCUCUCAAUAUUCUGAAAUCAGAGAUGCCACACAGUUGGCCACCUUCAAGUCAACUGCUUUCCAACGUAUUCUUGUACGCUCAUACUCGUUUUCUUUUACCCUGGAUUUGCUCCUCGUCUUAAUAAUAGUAGUUACGUACAUAUAGGCCUUUUAGUUUUCAUCAAUCUCUCUUUAUUUUGCUCUCUUCCUGACCCCUACGCAGUAACUCCACUGUUUGUUAGAAUAGUGCUCCUAUUCAUUUUCUUUUCAUUUAGCUUAUUUUUCUGAUUUUCUGUUUGGCGCGCAUGAGCAGCGCCGAUACAUAAUUAUACAAAAGUAUUCUAAACCCUUGGUCGGCUUGGCUGCUCUUGCCCCGCCUCCACUGUUUCGGCGGCCAUGCUUCCCUGCUAUUUCUUGCUGGCGUUUGCGCUAUGAUGGUUUGUGGCUAUCUUGUAAACCAAAUUUUACCCUUCCUGUU